GACUCAUUCAGAUUCCAAUGGACGUUUUUAAGUUGUGAAGAAAAUGCCUCGCAAACGUGUCAAAUACAAGCGGAGAUCAAAUAACAAAAAGGGGGACAAAUGUAAAAUUGUAGCUACUAAGGGCGAUCAGCCACCUGUGGAAGGAGUCAAGGCUCAGGAUCAGUCGCAUGUGCUGGAUCAGUCACUGAAGUCCGUCAACAAGAAAGAAAAGUCCGCCAAACAAGUGCACAUCGCUUUUCUACAAGAGAAAUACGAGCCGCUGGUAGAAGAGGAUAUAUCUGACCAACCACGAGAUGACAAUAGCAAGAACAAACAAGACAAAUACAAAAAGUUAAGAAAAAAUGUGCGAAAAGCUUUUCGUUACAGCUGGAAGUGUCUAGUGGUUGGACUGCAGAAUUUGAGCACAGCCUAUUCAAUGCCUUUAGGUGUCUCUGUCGUGCCAGAAGUUCAAAGAGCCAGAGCUCAGGUCUAACAUGUGUCUCCAGAUGGCGUGUUACAUCCGGA